CUCAGCAUGGAAAAGCAGAAAAAGGCCGCUGCGCCGUCCUCGAACUGGCUCGCGCUGCACAAGCAACUCCCGAAGUCGAAGGCGUCCACUUCAAACCCAAAACACUCUGCAUUCGCUGCGCGGAAACGCCGCAAGCUCGACCAUGCUUCACAUUCCCCUGCCCCGUCCGAGUCGUCCGAUACGCCCGCAGAGCCGCAUGCUUUUCCUCGCGGUGCGCCUCGCUAUGAGGCCCACGCCCCCGCCGCCCCCGCCGUGCACAUCCAAGACGCGAAGAAUGGAGAGUCCGUCACACAGCUACGGAGCAUGGUCCUCGGCGAGGUCGAUCAUCCACCCGCGCACCAACAACCGGGCAAAUACCUCGCGGUCGAUUGCGAGAUGGUCGGCGUCGGCCUGGACGGCUCAGAGUCGGCUCUCGCGCGCGUGUCGCUCGUCAACUUUCAUGGCGUCGUCCUGAUGGACGAGUUCGUGCGCCCACGCGAGCGCGUCGUCGACUACCGCACGCAGUUUUCGGGUAUUCGUCCCGCGGACAUGGUCAAUGCGAAAUCGUUUGAGGAGGUGCAGAAGACGGUCGCGGAUCUCCUGAAGGACCGCAUUCUCGUCGGACACGCGGUGCAUAACGAUCUCAAGGCGUUACUACUGUCGCACCCGCGCCCGCAGACGCGCGACACGCAGCUCCUGUACCACAAGCAUGGGCUUGUGCGCGGCCGCCGCCCCGCGCUCCGCAACCUCGUCCAGCAGGAGCUCGGGAUCGCGAUUCAGGCCGGCGAGCAUUCGUCUGUAACAGACGCACGCGCCACGAUGGCGCUCUUCCGCCUGCACCGCCGCCAAUGGGAGAAAGACGUCCGCCCGCUCCCCGCCUCGCGCACCUCCGCCCCUACGCGUGCGCGCUCCGAGUCCCCUGCGCGCGCGGAACCGAGCGUCUCGAAGAAGCGUGCGCGCUCCGCUGUUGAUUCCGACGGUGUGGGAUCCGACGGCGAGGACUCUGACGAGGUUGCGCCCCCAGCGACCUCGAAAGCAAAAUCGGCCUCCAAGGGGAAGGAGAAGGCGAAAGAUGGCUUCCCGGGCGGCGGGCGGCGCGGCGUGUCGUCGGGGCUGUCGACUGUUGCAAAAACAGGCGCGGGCGCGGGUGGGGGGAAGCCGAAGGAUGAGUGGUGGAAGGAAUUGGGUGGAAGGGGCGCGGGCGGGGCGAAGGGCGGGAUGCGCGUCGCGGCGGGGUGA